AAUGAAUGUGUACACACUGUGUUUUCUGGCUGUUUUCUUCACUGAGCUCCACCCUCACCGUUAUUAGCAGUGAAGCGAAAAGAAAAAAUGAAAGAAAACAUGUAAAAUAAUAGAAAAAUAAAACAAAAUCAGCUAAAAUCAUUACCCAUUCAUCACAUACGCACAUUACCACCAUCCAAACACUUUAAACAUGGAUCACAAUGAAAUAUCUAUGUGCAUGGACGUCAAAUUGGAUACACAUGACAAGCGCGCCAUUGCACUGCGCUACAAAACCUGGACCAGAUGUCUGGUAAAGAUCGAAGCCAUCAAAUGUGUGCCCUGCUUUUUGCGCCUCAGCUUUCAGAGCCUCUCCGACGACGAACCACAGCCGCAACAGCAACAAAAACUGUUCACUGUUUCAGUGAAUGUGCCAGGCGUGAGCAUCAGCAUGGCCACCUCGCGCACCAAGCAGCACUCGUAUGGACUCUUUUGGACCCAAAAUCGUCGCGAUUGCUUCAUAUAUUUUGCACUGGAAACGGAGACGUCCUGUCGUAGGCACAUGAAAUGGAUUAAGAAGUCGAUCAAAAACCUGGAAUUGUAUAGACAGGUCUUCCUGGAGCAGCGCAGACUCAGUCGGGACACAAGCGCUCAAAAAGCACUCGGCCCACUGCCAAAUGUGCCGGAAUCAUUUUGCUUUGAUCUGGAUGCAAAUAGUUUUUCAUUUUCUGCACGUGUCUCGCAAAUCUAUGAGGAAAUAUUUGAUGGCAGUCGCAUCUCGCGUGCCUCCAUUGCAUCGGGCAUUUAUGAGGAAAUGAAUUUGGCAUCUGGUGCACUUGUGGAGACGCCACCUGUAUUGCCCCCGUUGCCUGCGCAUCGCAAACGCAUCAACACAUUCGAGCUGCAGCCGGGAGAGAUACCGCGCUCAAGUACCAAUCCCGAGUCUGAGCUGGCCAAGAAAAAGAAGUACAAGAACAUGUUGGACAACUUCUUUGGACAGAAGCGUCGCUCGGGCAGCGCCAGCGUCGGUGAACUACAGCCGGCCACAGAGCAAGAAGGGGAGCAACUGCAGCAUCAACAGUUGGCACUCUAUGAAAAUGCUCCCACGCCAGAGGCGGCGUUGCCUGCGAAACGUGUAUCUGCAACUAUGAGAAACGCUCACCGCAAUAGUUUCUCCAGUCCAGAUCUGUCCAAGCUCAACUUUCUGGACACUUUUGGCGAGGCACUGUCCAGCGAUGAGCUGAACAUUAGCCUCGAGGACUCGGCCAUUGAGCACGAUUCGCGUCAGGUGCUGCUGGCCCAAAUUGUUGCUGGCCAACUAAGCAGAGCCGACUCGCUGGCCAGUCUGAAUGUGUCGGAGCAGUUGCCUCACAACUUUAAUUUCUCUGCCUGCAACACAUCCACCAUCAAUCUUAUUGGCGCAAAUGGAGCUGUAUCGCAUGGCAAGCGCAAUAAAAAUGUGUUAGUCGAGGAACUCAAUGGCUACUGCGUGAUGGCGCCUAUUGUACAAAAGUUGGCAGGCAGCAGCAGCAACGGAGUAGCCCAAUUGGAGAAGAAACCCAGCGGCAGCACUGCAUCCACCACAUCUGGCUAUUCGACAGGCUCCUAUUGCUCAUCCACCAGCAGCUGUAAUACGGACCAGGAGCAGGCAGCUAAGGCAACAAAUGUUGCACAGCUGCAGCCUGCUGCAGUGCACAACGACAGCGAUAUAUAUGAAUCGAUGCAUGUGACAUCGCUUAACAGCAACAGCGUCUUAGCCGAGCAUCUGUAUGAGAAUCUUUUGGCCGUGAAGGCAUCACAGGAGCUGGAGCAGCAGCCACUCAAUCUUGGCUUCGGCUUGAGCACCAGCACACCCACCGAAUCGCCGUUGCUGCCAGCGCUGCCACCGAAGCUGCAGCAGACGCCCAACUCGGAACAGCGGGAGGAGGAGGACUACUAUCAAACACCGCGUAAAUCGAUCAUAAGCGUGGAUGACAAGAUACCCUCGUAUUAUCCCAAUAGCUGCGAUACGUUCAAGUCGAAGCGCCGCAGUCCCAGCAGUGCUGAAACAGCGCCAGGUGUGCGUCAUUUGGUUAGCGCCAAGGUGCGUCGCGAGCGCAAAGAGAAUCUCUAUAUAUCAUCGCCCCAACAGAUUAUCGAACAAAGGCACAAAUCAAACACUUCAUCAUCAUCAUCAUCAUCGUCGGCGUCAUCGUCGAUCAAGACUAAAACGUUAAACAAGAAGACUGCCGCCCAUAAAAUCUCAGAUGGUGUCUAUGCUGUCACCCAUGCAACAAAGCGACAAAGUAUUAGUAAUAAUAACAAUAACAACAAUAACAAUGACUUACAGGGCGAGGAGGAGCUGCUGCAGUUGGUCAUGCUGCAAAAUAUUGAUUUCAAAUUUGACGACGGCCAAGCGCCCGACCCCAGCAGCAGCAGCGGCGGCGGCAGCAGCAACAGCAACAGCUCAAACAACAUUAAAAGUAAAUCGAAAAACAAAUCGAAGUCCAGUCAAUUGGAGGAUGAAUACGAGCAUUGUUAUCAGGCAGCCGAGCGUGCAACGCGCAUGCUACAAAAAUAUGCAACACUCGCCAAGUUUGGCAACUCACCCACCAAGCAGCAGCAGCAGCAGCAGCAGCAGCAACUGAAAACAGCCAUGACACAAUCUCAGUCAGCUACCAAUUCACCCAAAGAACAGCUGCAACAGCAGCAGCAGCACGUGCCACAGUCAUCGAGUAACACCAAGAAGUUCGCCUCGUUGCCACGCUUUAAGAAAAUUGACUUCUCGCCACUGAAGCUGCGUCUCAACAAUGUGCUUCAAAGGAAUGUGGCAGCAGCAGCUCCAGCAACGCCUCAGUAAUAGAUAUCAUAAUUGUUAUUAUUAUUAUCAUUGUUGUUGUUAUUGUAAGUAGCAUUAAGUUAAAUGUUUAGUUCGCAUGUGAUUUUCCUUUUAGCCAACUGAUUAUUUAGAUUGUAUUGAAAACGCUUAGCUUCGUAAGCCUCCUAUGUAAAUCCUGUUUUGCCAUAAAAUAGUAUCAAUUAAGUCAAGCUACGCUACGAUUUGAUCAUAUCAUUGUAAGAGAAAACCAGUUUUAGCCAUAUCUGAUAUCUGCUGUUGUGUCUAAUGGUUGUUUAACCCCCCCGCCCCAUAUUGGGAAUGCGAGUCUAUGCAGUGUACUUUCCUAUAUACAUUGUAUAUCAAUUUAUACACUUAAGUGUGCUCAAUUAUAUAGAAUAAUAUCGAAAACGCUUUUAUACCAUAUAUACAAAACACAAAUUAUACAAAAACUAUUGUUGACUUAUUUUAACUAACGAAAUGA